AUGAAGCGUAAUCCACGCAAGGUGCGGUGGACAAAGGCGUUCCGAAAGGCAGCUGGCAAGGAGAUGACCGUUGAUUCUACCAUUGAAUUCGAGAAGAGGCGCAACGUACCGGUUCGCUACGACAGAGAACUGGUGCAAACGACGAUAAAGGCCAUGAAGCGCAUUGCGGAGAUCAAGCAAAAGAGAGAACGGGCGUUCUGGAAGCAUCGAAUGGCCGUGGCACGAGAAAAACACAAGGAUGCCAGGCAGCGGGCAAAAGCCAAGCUUUACGAGCGAGAAGCAGCAAGGGACGCUGCUAUUGCUGCCACCUACAAGGACGAGAAAGCCGAACGCGUAUCUGAAGACCUCGAGCAAGAGGACGCGCUGGACAUGGUAAAGCCCAUCGAAAGUACAGCUCCUCAGAGAGAACGUAUCAAAGAGAAGGUUUCGGUAUCCAAAAAGCGCAAGGUACAACGGGCGUCGGCACUGGUCACCGGUGAUGGUCGGUCAAUGGGCAUGGAGCUAGAUUGA